UGGGCUGGGCCGGGCUGGGCCUCCCCGCCUCUCGGCUCUCGGCUCUCGCGCCCUGCUUCUCCCUUUGCGCCGCAGAUCCUGACGCGCGUCUUCAGCCGCGCCGCUCUGGAGACCUACCUGCCCCGGAUCCAGCGCCUGGUGAGCUGGGAGCUGCGCGGCUGGUGCCGCGGCCCGGGGCCCAUCGCCGUCUACGCUUCGGCCAAGGCCUUGACUUUCCGCAUCGCUGCGCGGAUCCUGCUGGGGCUCCGGCUGGAGGAGGAGCAGUUCGAGGAGCUGGCCGGGGCCUUCGAGCAGCUGGUGGAGAACCUCUUUUGCUUGCCGCUCAACAUCCCCUUCAGCGGACUGAGGAAGGGAAUAAAGGCUCGUGAUCUUUUACAUACUUACAUGGAGAAAGCCAUCUUGGAGAAGCUGCAGAGGAAGGAUCCUGAAGCUCGCCGUGAUGCCCUGGAUUUUAUCAUCAACAGUGCCAAGGAACAUGGCAAAGAUUUCACCAUGCAGGAAUUGAAGGAGUCUGCAAUUGAACUAAUAUUUGCAGCUUUCUUCACCACUGCCAGCGCUACUACUUCUAUGAUCUUACUCUUGUUGAAGCACCCAUUGGUUAUAAAAAAGAUCCAGCAGGAACUAGUCUCUCAUGGCCUUACUGGACAAUAUCAGUGCUUUGCUGCUGAGGAUUCUCUGACAAAAUACCAGUCUGGCCAAAAGACUUUACUUGCACAUGAAAAGGAAAACAAAGAUAGUGACUACAAACUGCCUCUUCCAUCCAGACUGGGAAGAGAACAAGGCAGAGAGACCAAGAGGGAAGAGAAAGGACCCAAUAGAGAUGUCAUGGCUAAAGGGUCCCAGGAAACUAUCCAUGGAACUACAAAUGGCCCUAGCUCACUGUCCAGGCUGGAAGAAACAGGACAGUUCCUUUGCAGUCUGGAAAGAUCUGAGUAUUGUUGCCAUGCUUACUUGACCCUGGAGAAGAUGAACCGUCUGCGCUACUUGGAUUGUGUCAUUAAAGAAGUUCUCCGUUUGCUGCCCCCAGUAUCUGGAGGGUAUAGGACAGCCUUACAGACCUUUGAGCUAGAUGGCUACCAGAUUCCGAAGGGUUGGAGCGUGAUGUACAGUAUUCGAGAUACACACGAGACCACCAGCAUCUACCAGAGUCCCCCAGACACCUUUGAUCCGGAGAGGUUUUGGGUAUCGCAGGAAGACCGGGAGGAUCACAAAACCUCUGCCUCCCUCCGCUUUCACUACAUUCCCUUUGGUGGUGGAGUCCGAAAUUGCAUAGGCAAAGAACUGGCCCAAGCCAUUCUCAAGAUGCUUGCCAUUGAAUUGGUUAGCACAACCCGCUGGGAACUGGCCACGGCUGAUUUCCCAAAGAUGCAAACCGUGCCAAUUGUGCACCCUGUGGAUGGUCUUCAACUCUAUUUCCAUUCUCUGAAGGCUGACCAUGAAAGCAGUGGAGCAAGCGAGGCCAACACCUGAAUGCAUAGACAUCUCCGUUAGAUCUCUAGUUUAGGAGUAGAAUAAGACAGGCCUCUGGGGCAAAAGAUCACUUUCUUUUGGCUGCUGUUUGGCAGCCUGCACAAGCCCCUUCUACCUCCCUCUCGAUUGUAGGGGAAGAGGAAAGGAUGAAUGCCCUGCACUCUUCAUUGAAGGCCUGUGCAUUUGUGAGCAUCUGUUCUUUGCACAGAUGGGCAUCAGUUGUUCUUUGGUCAUCUUUAGUUGCACUUUUUGCUUUGUGUAUGUGCAUUACCACUUUGUCUCAUCAUUAAGAGAAGUCAUACUCCAAAGAUAAAUGUCUUGCAAGAAGUGGUGGAAGCAUUGGUGUUAGUUUUGUGUGAGGGCUAAGUAUACGUAGCUCAAGCAAGCAUAAAGUAAGGGUUCAGUUGCGCUGCAGUGGAGAUUCUGGGAUUCCUAGAUCUAAUCUGUCCCAUGAAGAUUCUUCAGGACUCCUCACAGCUUCUGAAAAAGACUGCUGCCCCCUUGCUUCCUUAAAAGAUGGCUGUGCUUCAUUUCUGAUGGGGGAGAGCCUUUAUAAAUCAGUUGCCUUCAGAAUGGAAAAUGUUCCAAGUACAAUGCAGAAGGGCCAUCAGAAAGGGAGAGGCACCCAACAAAGCAAGAACCAACAAAAGAAAGAGCACCAAAUAGAUCAGAAGCUGACAUUGCUUCAGAAUGUGCAUUUUGUAUUGUGUUUUAUAAGUAAUUAACAUAACAGUGUUCUGCAUUGUAAACAAGAAAACAAGGUAGCCCUGGAACAGAUUGAUUUGUCAGCUUCUGUUAGGACCCCAAAGCACAGCACUAGUGGCAGUUACGAGUAGUGGCUCUCCAUGGUUUCAACUCGGAGCCUUUCCUAGCUGGAGAUGUUUGGAAUUGAACUGGAGGCAUUCUGCUUGCAUGGCGCAUGCUGUACCAUUGAACUAUGGCCAGCCCGAUCAUGGUAUGAAGCCUCAGCCUGUUUAAAUAAGCGAACUAUUCAUGUAUUGGCAUACUACGUUGUCAAGCAAACUAUGGGUGGAAUGUCUUAGCCUGGUUUAUGAGCAUAUGUGCUUUUUAUUUUCUCCUUUGUGUCCUGCAAAAUGAAAAGCAUUACGUUUGAAGGGAUAUAAGGUAGUUCAUCUCUGAGAUUUGACCUGGGAUGGCUUGCUGAUGUUUCCAUUUUUCAGAGGGGUACCUAUAUUAGUUCUUGUAGCAAGAGUAAGGGAGUCUUGUAAAAGAUUAACAAGACUUCUUACAGCACAUGCAGUUAUGGAUUCGUUAUGGAUUUAUUUCCACCUGUGUAUAUAUUUAAUUGAUAAAUGAAGAUUAAUUCCAUGCACCUGAUGAUGCCUCUAGUCCAUGAGUUAAGCCAGGGUGGGGAACCUUGACUUCUCAGAUAUUGUUAAACUACAAUCUGUGAGCCCAAACCAAUAAGGCCAAUGGUGAGGGAUGCUGGGAAUUGUAGUUCAACAUCUGGAAGGACACUGGUUCCCCACUCCUGCUUAUACUGUACUAAAGUGUUUAGCCUUUCAGUCUGCUGCCUUGUAGAUAUAUUGAGGCUAUAAUUACUAGCAUUUUGUGAUGGGUAAUGGAUUUUGUGAGAUUGUAGUCUCAGCAUAUUUGAGGAGCACCGGUUUGGGGAAAACCAAA